GUUGUCAGAAGUCAGUUCAUCAGCGCUGGGGAUUGUUCAGGAAAAAACUGCACUUUGAGCGAUCAGGACGGGACUCCAAACAGAACCGCGCCGUGGUGUGAUGUGAGCGGGGGCUGACUCUGGCCUCUGUCCGCCCUUAGCAUCAUGUCUCUGGGGGAGAGCCCUCACCUGCUGCUCGGGAGGAUCCGCUUCAUCAACAGGUGCAUUGAGUGUUUCCCACGCAGUGAGCCUGUCCCGGAGUGCCUGUGCUAUGUGCCUAAAGAAGUGUGCUAUAAGAUCUGUAAGGACUCCUCCUCUGCCUCUGCCUCUUCUGGACCCUCGGCCGGAGUGUCUACAGUGGGAAAAACCAUCGUGUCCGUAUUCGACUCUCCGCACCAAACACCACAGAGCAAAAAACUGUCCAAAUACCACAUUGAACCGAAGAAAGGGACCUGCAUCCGGACAUCCGGAGAGGAGUACUGCAACAGCCAGGGACUAUGGGUCAAAGUGAACAAGGAGCAGCUGGACGAGCAGAAGCCCGGACAAGAGCUGGGUGAGGGCUGGAUCCUGGUGUGUAAGCACACGGAGGGGGGCGACCGCCUGGUGCCCGUGGAGUCUGCAGAGACGGUGAGCCGACAGCAGCAGCUCUUUGGCUCGGACUCCAAACCGUGUCAUCGCUGGGAGCAGGUGGUCGACGUGGAGAACGCACUCUUCCUUGGAAACAAACCUGAAGUGGCCCCGUGUGACCAGACGGCUGUGCAGAGGCUCAGGUAUGUUCCUCCCACCUGGACUUAUGAAUGUGACGAGGACCUGGUGCAUUAUUUCUAUGAACACAUCGGGAAAGAAGAUGAAAACCUGGGCAGUGUCAAACAGUGUGUGACCAGCAUCGAAGUGUCCUCUUGCUCAGAGGAACCCAGUGGGAUGAACUGUCUGACUGAUGGAGACACAGAGACGUUUUGGGAGAGCGACGGUUUACAGGGGCAGCACUGGAUCCGACUGCACAUGAGGCGAGGCAGUGUCGUCAAUAAAUUGAUAUUAACUGUAGAUGCCACAGAUGACAACUACAUGCCCAAAAGAGUGACAGUUUAUGGAGGAGAAGGGGACAACCUUAAGAAACUCAGUGAUGUCACUAUAGAUGAUAACCUUAUAGGAGAGGUGUGCGUGCUGGAGGAUAUGAUCUCCCACUAUCCAGUCAUAGAAGUCAGGAUUGAAGAAUGUAGAGAUGAAGGGAUAGAUGUUCGGAUCCGAGGGUUGAAGAUAAAAUCUUCUUGUGAAAGGGACCUGGGGCUGAAUGCUGACGUGUUUCAGUCUAAUAAUCUUGUCCGAUACCCCCGACUCCAGGGCACGGCUCCAGAAGUGCUCUACCGGAGGGCUCUAGUCAUACAGAGGUUCAUGAUUUUGCUGGACAGUGUGUUGCCACAUUUGGUUCCAGCUUGGGAUUACAGCCUUGGGACAUUUAAUCAUAUAAAGAGCAUAAAGCAGUUCCUGAUGCUGUCGAAGCGUCGCUCUCCUCUCAUCACUCAGUGUCUGAAGGACUCUGAGACCAGUAAACCAAACGUGAUGCCGCGGCUCUACAUUAACCGCCGCUUGGCCAUGGAGCACCGCGACAACCCCUCCCUUGACCCGGGUUGCAAGAAUGCUGUAUUCAACCAGGUGUAUGAAGGCCUGAAGCCAUCUGACAAAUUUGAGAAGACUUUGGACUACAGGUGGCCGGCGCGGUACGACCAGUGGUGGGAGUGCAAGUUCAUCGCGGAGGGCAUCAUUGACCAGGGUGGAGGCUUCAGGGACAGUUUGGCCGACAUGUCCGAGGAGCUCUGCCCCAGCUCAGCAGACUGUCCCCUCCCCCUCCCCUUCUUCACGCGCACAUCCAAUGAGGGGGCGCUAGAGGCCCGAGACUAUUACGUGCCAAACCCAUCGUGUAAAGAGUUUCAGAAAUACGAGUGGAUCGGGCAGCUCAUGGGCGCCGCGCUCAGAGGAAAGGACUUCCUGGUGUUGGCAUUGCCUGGUCUUGUGUGGAAGCAGCUAACGGGAGAGACUGUGAGCUGGACCAAGGACUUCCCUGCUGUGGACUCUGAUCUGGUGAACUUGCUGGAGGCCAUUGAAAACAUGGACCAGGAGACGUUUGAGUUCAGAUUCGGGGAAGAGCUGGUUUACACUACUCUGCUCAGUGAUGGAACCAUGGGGGAGCUGAUUCCAGGAGGCAGUAAUGUGGCUGUGAGGUACGAGGAUCGCUGUGAGUUCAGCCGACUGGUGCAGAAGGCCCGACUUGAAGAGAGCAAGCAACAGAUAGCAGCUAUGCAGGCAGGGCUGCUGAAGGUGGUGCCUCAGGCUGUUCUGGACUUGCUCACGUGGCAGGAGGUGGAGAAGAAAGUGUGUGGAGACCCUGAGAUCUCUGUGGAGGCGCUGAAACGACUCACCCGAUACGAGGACUUGGAGCAGAGUGAUCUACGAGUGCAAUAUUUAUGGGAAGCCCUGAAUAACUUCACUAAUGCGGAUCGUAGCAGGUUUCUACGGUUUGUCACGGGGAGGAGCCGCCUUCCUGCUCCUAUCUAUGUUUUUCCGGAUAAACAAGGGUCAGAAACAUCAGAUGCCCUCCCUCAGUCCUCCACAUGUUCCAGCACACUUUAUUUACCAAAUUAUCCAAGUGCUAAAAUCUGUGAGGAGAAACUUCGCUAUGCUGCGUAUAACUGUGUGGCCAUAGACACAGACAUGAGUCCAUGGGAGGAGUGAUCCACUUCCUGCUUACUGUCAAAAUAUUUGAAUAAUUAACCUGCACUAAACCAAUGCUGUCUAACCACAGCGUUCACCAAACUCACACAAACGCCGUUAACCAUAGCUGUGUACAAUAAAACAAUACUGGAAACAA